CAGCAGGACGAGCGGAUGUGGAACUGAUAUAUUCAUAUAAAGAAGCAGAACUCAGAAGAUAUUAUUUCUGCUGGAGAGAGAAACAGAGCGGCGGUGGUCAUGCAGCAUUACGGAGUGAACGGCUAUUCCCUGCACGCGAUGAACUCUCUGAGCGCCAUGUAUAACCUCCACCAGCAGGCGGCGCAGCAGGCGCAGCACACCGCCGACUACAGACCGUCAGUGCACGCGCUCACACUGGCCGAGAGACUGGCAGACAUCAUCCUGGAGGCUCGAUACGGCUCUCAGCACCGCAAGCAGCGGCGGAGCCGCACGGCCUUCACCGCGCAGCAGCUCGAGGCGCUGGAGAAGACCUUCCAGAAGACGCACUACCCGGACGUGGUGAUGCGCGAGCGCCUGGCCAUGUGCACCAACCUGCCCGAGGCGCGCGUCCAGGUUUGGUUCAAGAACCGCCGGGCGAAGUUCCGUAAGAAGCAGCGCAGCCUGCAGAAGGAGCAGCUGCAGAAGCAGAAAGAAGCGUCCCCUGACGGAGCUCUGGGAACCAGCGAGAAGAACGAGUCUCCUUCCACCAUCAGCCUGGAGAACCCACUGCCUCCUUCAUCCUCCUCCUCCUCCUCUUCCUCCAUGGAGGCUGAGGGGCCGCAGCACACUCUAGGCUCGGAGCUGAGCGUGGAGCUGAACGUCACCUCAGCCGAGCAGUCGGGGAGCGAGUCCGCCACGGAGGAUAACACCACGGACCGGGAGGAGGAGCUGAAGCCUCAGAGAGACGAGCUGAAGGCAGAGAAGCUGCAGUCUGGAGCGCAAUCGCCCGCCUGCAAACGCCUCAGCCCUAAACCAGAUUCUCCCCUCGGCUCUCCGGUGAUCGCGUCCUCGUCGCUGGGAGUCAGCGGGGUCUCCCAGAGCCACUCGUACUCCUCUUCCCCGCUCAGCCUCUUCCGGUUACAGGAGCAGUUCCGUCAGCACAUGGCUGCCACCAACAACCUGGUGCACUACCCGUCCUUCGACAUGGCGGCCCCCUCCUCCAUCCCCUACCUGGGCAUGAACGUCAACAUGCCGGCGCCGCUGGGCUCGCUGCCCUGCCAGUCUUACUACCAGUCCCUGUCUCACCACGCCCAGCAGGUGUGGAACAGCCCCCUGCUCCAGGCCUCGGCCAGCCUGCCCAGCCACAACAGCAAAACCACCAGCAUCGAGAACCUGCGCCUCCGGGCCAAGCAGCACGCCGCCUCGCUGGGGCUGGACACGCUGCCCAACUGA